AUGUCGGACAGCAUAGAAAAUGUCUUCAAAAUGGAAGAGUAUCAAAAAGAUGUCUGUGAAGUGUAUAAUUUUCAGAUAGAGAUAGAGAAAGUUAUAAAGGAUUGUUAUCCUACCAAAUUUAUACAAGUUCACAAAACACUCGAUCCCAACAGAAAGUGGGCUGUAAAAAUGUGUUACUUAGACAAUACACAGAAAGGUAUUUCGGCGGAACGUCAGUUCUUGACUGAAGUUAUUAUACUCAGAGGACUCAAACAUCCCUUCAUCAUGUGCCUUGACAACGUCGCAUCAUUUCCGAAUUACUUCUGCUUCGUGAUGCCAUUCUACGAGCAGGGCACGCUGACCAAAGUACUGCCAACGAUGACCCAUGAGUUGAGAGAUGAAUGCCUAGUGCAGCUUUGCUGUGGAAUCAAGUUUCUUCACGACAGAGGAGUCGCUCUCAGGGACCUGAAAUCUGACAACAUUUUACUCACUAUGCAAAAGAAUGUGGUCAUAGCUGAUUUUGGUUUGGGAGAUUACGUCUGGCGACGUGAGCCUUUAGUUACUGGGAAGAAAGGAACAUACAUGCACAUAUCUCCUGAGCAGGGCGAAGAGCCAUUUAACUGUUUUAAUUCUGAUAUGUACUCACUUGGAGUAGUCUACUGGUGCAUGCUAUACAGGGUAGAUGUGAUUGACAUAAAGCCCAAGGAGCCACUACUCACGAUAGGUUUACAAACAUUCCACGUUCCAGAUAUCGACAGUGUCAUAGUUUUUAAAAAAAGGUCUUUGUCUUCUUUUCUUAAAGUCUCAGAGUUUCAAGAAAAAGAUCUUGUGAUGUAA